GGGGAGUUUCCGCUCCUUCUCUUUUUUUCGCCUCCUUCCUUGAACAGAAGAGCGUGCUGGUGUCCCGGUGUGUCGCUGUUGUGAGUCAUUGUGCUCAGAGGGGAACGCGUGGUCAGCAGCACCGUUGGCUUCACUGCAGCCUUUCUGGUAUCCGUUGGUGUGCAAAGUUGAACUUUAAAUCAUGGAUAUAGACCAGAGCGAGGUGCCAGAAACUCAAAACCCAGAGGAGAGUAUGACUGAACAAAGGGAAAAAGUAGAGGCAACGGUAGCGCCCACGGAGCCUGAGAACCCGCCAGCUGCUGUGGAAGAAACUGACCAGCUGGCGGUAAACGGUCAUGCUGCAGAAGUGGAGAGCACACAAGACGCAGAAGAGCCAGCUGUGGCAGAAAACAUGACACAGGAAAAUAAAGAUGUGGUCGAAGGGGAUGUGAAAAAAACAGAAGAGCAGCCAAUGCCCCAUACAGCCGAAUCUGCAGAGUCAUCUGAAAAGGUCCCAGCUGUAGCUUUAGAGCCAAAACCAGCAAGCACAGAGCAGCCGGCGCCAGAGAAUAACCCAGAGAAGCCGGCGGAAUCUGCGCCGGAGCCCGAGAAGCCGGCGGAAUCUGCGCCGGAGCCCGAGAAGCCGGCGGAAUCUGCGCCGGAGCCCGAGAAGCCGGCGGAAUCUGCGCCGGAGCCCGAGAAGCCGGCGGAAUCUGCGCCGGAGCCCGAGAAGCCGGCGGAAUCUGCGCCGGAGCCCGAGAAGCCGGCGGAAUCUGCGCCGGAGCCCGAGAAGCCGGCGGAAUCUGCGCCGGAGCCCGAGAAGCCGGCGGAAUCUGCGCCGGAGCCCGAGAAGCCGGCGGAAUCUGCGCCGGAGCCCGAGAAGCCGGCGGAAUCUGCGCCGGAGCCCGAGAAGCCGGCGGAAUCUGCGCCGGAGCCCGAGAAGCCGGCGGAAUCUGCGCCGCAGCCCGAGAAGCCGGCGGAAUCUGCGCCGCAGCCCGAGAAGCCGGCGGAAUCUGCGCCGCAGCCCGAGAAGCCGGCGGAAUCUGCGCCGCAGCCCGAGAAGCCGGCGGAAUCUGCGCCGCAGCCCGAGAAGCCGGCGGAAUCUUUGCCGGUGCCCGUGAAGCCGGCGGAAUCUUUGCCCGAACCAGUCGUUGAGAAGCAAGUCGAAACGCAGGCCCUUAGGCAAGAGACGGAACCAGAACAAACAAAGACUGAGAAUGAAAUGCCAUCUACUGUGGAGAUGAAGAGCGAAAAAGAAGCAGUCACAGAAACUAAGGUUGUGACCAAGGCUUCACCUGAGAAAUCAUCUGAAGCAGUUACAGCGGAAAAGGAACCAUCAGGUGGAGGUGCUGAAGAUAAUCCAAAAGAAGUGAACCUGGAUAAAUCAGAGUCUGUUAAUCUUGAGGAAUCGCCAAAAGAAGGUGAAGAAGCUGAGCCCCAAAAAGAGGAGGAUCAGACCCCUGCACCCAAUUCCCUUUCUUUCCCCCUACUGGAACACGACCAAACCAAAGAUGCCGUACGAAUUUCUCGCACACUUAUUGUCCUCAGGGGCCUUCCUGGAAGCGGUAAAAGCUUCUUGGCACGAGCUAUUGCAGAAAUGUACAAAGACCAGUGUUCUGCUCUCUGUGCUGAUGACUACAGCAUAAAGCCUGAAAAUCCUUCAGCUGAAGGAUACAAAGCUCUGGAUGAUGCCAUAGUAACUCGCUGCUCUGAGGGGGCGUCCUCCCCUCUGCUGAUAGUGGUUGAUGACACCAAUCACACCCACGACCGGCUCGCUCGCAUGGCUGAGAUUGCUGAGGAGCACACUCUUAUUGCCCUGUACUUGGAGCCGCAAACCGAAUGGAGCAGAGACCCGAGUCAGCUGAAGAAGAAAAGCAAACGUGGGCUGGAGGAGGCCCACCUGGAAGGAAUGAAGGGUCCCCUGGAGGAAACCACAAUUCCUCUUUUCUUUGGCUGGUUUCUUCUCUCUCCAGUACAGGUCAAGGUUGGUUGCAGUUCUAUGGACUUCCUAAAAACACUGGACACCUUGGAAGCCUUCAAAAAAAACAUAGCUGACUUUACAGGACAAGCUGAGAAGGAGGUGGACCUGGAGCAGUACUUUGAAGCCAAAGGAUCUUUCCACUGCACCACAAAGUUCUGCAACUAUGGCAAAGCCGAUGGUGCGACUGAGUAUGCAGGAAAUCCAGUGGUUAAGAAGUCCUACGGUUCUGUCUCUGAGCUGUCGCUGACCGCCCUCUUCGUCACACCUCGCACCUUUGGGGCCAGAGUGUGUCUCACUGAAGAGCAGCUCCAGCUUUGGCCAGCAGAUACGGAGAAGGAGUCGGAGGCGAGCAUCCCCGGAUCGGAGUCCCUGCCUGCCGGAAGCCGCGCCCACAUCACACUGGGCUGCGCAGAUGGUGUCGAGCCGGUUCAAACGGGCCUCGAUCUUCUCCAGAUCCUAACCCUACCAGAGGGGGAGGUAGUGGAGGAGAUGGAGCUCGGCUCGCUGCGGUAUUAUGGCGAAGGGAGGUGGAUGCUCAGCCUCAGGGAGCCCAUCUGUGCUGCAGCUUGCUUUUCCAGCUACUAUGGACGCAAGGAAGUGGAGCCACCUAAGAAAGAACCAGAGAAGAAGAAGAAGCAAAAGUGUACCAUUCUGUAGAUGCAAACCAGUGUUUGUCAGGGGGUGUGGUUGGUGAAUUAAACUCUAGGCUUACUUGGUGAUAGGUUGGUGUGUUUGUGCAACAUUUAGGUUAUAACCGCCCUGAAUCCACAAACUGUGCCUUUUUUUUAAAUGUUGUUUUGCACCACUACCUAAGAUGCCUUAGUCAGCGAGGCUUGUUAUUGGUUCGGUAUUUAUCACACGUUCCUGUUAGGUGAAGUUUUCCUUAGCAUAGCCUCCUCCCACAGCUCUGGUCUCUUCUGUAGGACAAUGACAGAUGCACUAGGUACUAUGAUUGCAUGCAUCACUGGUUGUAUCACUAAAUUACUCCCAUUACUAAUGUAAUAGAUUUAGCUCUGUUUCUCAAACAAUGUCUCUUUUACCGUCGUCUCAUAAGUCUACGUCUAGUGAAGCCUAGGAAGAAGUGAUUACCUUCUGGACCAAAGUUCUGUAUUUAGUGUUUGAUUCAGUUUCAAAUGCCUGUAAAAUCUAAUCCCUGUGCUUGGCAUCAAAGGGAGAUUGCUGAUCAAUUUGCCAUCUGUUUCAGCAGCUUGCACUUAUGAAAUGCUGUGAAUCUUAAGGCAACAUUUUGCAACCCUUUCUACUGCGCAAUCUUUUAAAGAGUGCUUCCAUGUACUGCUUUUUGAUUUGUAUGCUGUAGCUGUAAUUUUCCUGAAGGGUAUUUUUGCUUGUUUUGUACGCAAUAAAGACUACAUGCUUUGCUUAAA